AUGGUUACUGCUAAUCUCAAAGGUCCCCUGGUCGGAAAAAAGGAUGAGUUUGAUGUUCGUGGUCGUGACGAUAUAAUUGGAAAGGAAAAGAUUCGCUCGCUUUCCACGUCUGAUGACGAUUCGGUGGAGAAUUUUCCGCGUAAAGGAAAGGGGAAGGGCUCGAGUCAGUACGGGAAGGGCAAAGGGUGGCGAGGGCAUUGGCAUGGCACUGGUUUCUAUGUGAAAGGGGGUCCGAUGAGGAAAGGGAAGGGGAAAGGCCGUUUUGAUGGUAUUGACAGCGGAAAGGGAAAAACGGUGUCGGAGAGUGGUUCGGAAGAGGUGAUUCAGAGGAGAGGAAAAGGGAGAUUGUAUGCGUUAGGGAAAGGUAAGGGAAGGCAAGAUGAGCAAGAUUUUGGGGGUAAAGGGAAGGGGAAGGGUUAUCGUGAUUAUUAUAAGGGUGGGAAGGGCUAUAAGGGAAAAGGAUUUAUUCCAUCGUGGAAAGGGAAGGGUAAAGGUAUGAGAUAUGAUUCUGAUUCGGAGGGUGCUGAUGGUUGUGUGGGGGGUAAGGGGAAGGGGUAUUGGGUGUUUGUUCCGGCGAAGGGGAAGGGGUGGGGAAAGGGAGUAUAUGGUAAGGCGAGGAAAGGGAAGGGGAUAAUGGGUAGAGGGUAUUGGUAUGGUGAUUAUGAAAGGGAUUAA